AUGUCUUCUAAAGUGUGUGAUAUAAUUAAUGUGGCUAAUAAUUAUGUUGUUGAUGAUCCGAACAACCCUGGAAAAUAUAAUUCUACGCAUUUUUUAAGUACAGUUUUCUAUGAUAAUAACUGUGAUAGUGAUGAUCAAAAACUUAGCUCUUCUUUUAUAGCAUUGCUAACUUUAUUUAAUGAUAAAAAUAAUAAUAAAAAUUUAGAGGGUGAUAAACUUGUGGAAUAUGCUAUUUUAUGGUUAUGUUAUAAACUAAAUCAAAAAAAAGAAAAUAUAACGACCAUAUUCAACGAGUUUUAUACCAAAUAUAUAGAAACAAAUAGUUGUUAUAAGCAGAAAAUAAAUGAUAAUAGUGAUAGUGAUAAUAAGAUUAGUAAGGAUGUUAUAAAAAAAAAAAUAGAAUCGAUGGAUAUCGAUAUUAAAGAUAUAUCUAAUUUUUAUGAUGCAUUUAAAUCAUUAUGUAACAUGUAUAAUGAAAUUGGUGCAGAACCAAAUAUUGAAUGCAAGACAUGUUUAGAAAAUGCUAGAGAAUUGUUUGAAAAAUAUGAAAAACUUAAAAAUGCUUUAGAUAUUAAUAAAGGCAAUUCUUAUUAUCAACUAUUGUCUAGUUUAUCAAAUGAUUAUAAAAUUUUUGAAAAUAAAUAUAGUGAUAAAUGUAGUAAUAUCUCACUUGUAGCUUGUCCACGAAGUUCAAUAAUAAAAAAUACAGUAAUUGCAAUUGCAAUUUCAAUUGCAUUUAUAUUUGCUUCAGUAUCAAUUUUCUUGGGUAUUGCUUAUAAGUAUUCGUUAUUUGGAAUUCGGAAACGAUUUCAAAAACAAAAAUUAAGAGAAAAAUUAAAAAAUAUAAAGAAAAGAAUGAAUCAUUAA